CAGACAUCAACGAAUGCCGCAUAGGAGCAUCGAAAUGCUCUCACAUGUGCAUCAAUACUGCUGGAAGCUACCAUUGCCGGUGCAAUCAAGGUUAUGUUCUAGAGGCGAAUGGAUUGGCAUGCACAGAUAUCGAUGAAUGUGCUGACGUUCUAAAUGGUGGGUGUGAUGAUCUGUGUAUCAACACUGUCGGGUCGUUUAAAUGCGCAUGUAACGGAAACAGCACCAUAGAAACCGAUGGCUUUACGUGUUCUGGUGCGAAUGUGGAGCCCUCGAAUUUCUUUUCAACAAACGGUCUCAUUCAUCAAUUGUUACCAAAAGGAUGUCAUUACAUUAUAAUGUCCAAGUGUGAUGCAGACUCCAAGAGUAUAAUUCUGUCAUCGACAUCAGCCUGGCACAAACUUCAGAGCAACAACGAUGUGGUGUAUACUUUUGGAAUAACCUUCGUAGAAAUCAAGACAAUUGUUCUGCCGUUGUAAAUUUCCGGUUUACAGGUCAAUCGUAAGUCUAGGCAGAUUUUGUCAGGUUCUCUGCAAUACUCAUCUGCUGAUGGAAUCAAGACUGGCGAUGCAAGAACUCAGGAUUGCUGGUCAUUCAAUAUCACCCCAAAAGACAUUCAUGAUAUAAUACAGUCCUUUGCGUUCACAAGAACGUUCUUCAGUAAUAUGCAGGACAUUCUGCCGUCGUGGCUGCAGUUUGGCCAAACGGGGGGCGUGGUUCUCAGCGCCAAUGAACUGCAAACCGAAAUACGAACUGGCGCCGAAAUAAACGAUGGAGUAUGCAAAGGUGCACCGUUGAAUCCCAGUAAAUUUUAUAACGUUUUUCAGCUUGGACAUGGAUUUUCUAUCAACAUAUAUGGUCUAAACUUUACCAUUCCCCGCCCUUUCUCGAACAAGAUGUACUGCAUAAUAACAGAUAUAUGUGAAGACCUGGGAAACACAAUAUUUCUAAUUUUACCUGAAGGCUCAAGAGAUGUAAUUGAUAAACUCAGCAUUUUUAAGUCAUUGAAGCAAAGAAUGGAAGUAAUAAUUCGUCCAAUUGGAAUAGGAUUUUCCCUAGAUCAAAGAAUUCAGAACAAUUGGGAAACAGAAAUUAACUUUUGGCGUGGCGGUGACGAACUAUUUGUAUAUCCAAUUAAGCAGUCCGCCAAUGUCUGGAUCGAAGGCGAGGCAUCAUUGGCCUACGGAUAUCUACGAGCUGAAGGCAGAGCUGAUGCACAUGUAGCUGUACCAAAUCUCCAAAUGAUUCUUCCAAGUAUUUUUGCGGGCGAGUGGCGUUUAGGAGUUCAUUUCACUGCAACGGCUUCACUGCAAUUGAACUUUGAUUUCUUUGGGGACAAUAUCAACAUCAAUCUUUUGCCUUCAAACGGCGAGGUCUUGUUGUACGGGUCCUUGGGAGGAAUUGACAGUCGCACAUGGUGCGGUGCGUCGGCAAAUCCACCAGGACUGUUUCUUAAUGCUUUGAUAAGUAUAAAUGCAUUUCGGGAUAUACCACUUUUAAACUUUAUAAACAUCGACCUUAGAGUGAGGGCACACGCCUUUUUUUAAGUGAUCCAACGAUACGCAUUGCUUUCGACACGGCAAGUAUAGUGGAUGAUCUGAUGCACGUUGUCAACAUAACAGAAACACUUGUGAAGAAUUUAAAGAACGCUGCAGUAAUCUACGCAUCGAGGCUAAAAGACGGGUCGGUUGUAUACUUGAACAAACUCAUUCAGACGGCUUCUGAGAUGUUGGUUGCUGUAACUGAUCUCUUAAACGAUGUUAGACAACGUAAUUUGGACGAAAGCCUUUUAACUCAUGCAGCUAACGAGCUAAGUCAGAUUUGGCAUGCAUCAAUUAAGACUCUUAAAAACGACACGCGUGUGUUUCUUGCAUCUAUCGUUAACAACAGUUUAACUUUACAGCAAACAGUAUCCCAAAUAUGUUUAAAUGCAAUUAACGAUAUCGAGACGCACUUUGGUAAGGUUAUAGACAGACUGCUGAACCCACUUGAUAAGAUGUCCCCAGGAAAUGAAGGCUUAGGGAUAAAAUUUUAUGGAGAUCUUACACUGUUUGGACUGCAGUUCCCAACUCUGGAAAUUGAAUUUGUGUAUUCAACAGGCACAAAAUUGUCACACUGUGAUCGGUAUGAGUUUGCUCAGAAUUUCUUAAAAACUGAAAAAGCCAUUCGAAUAUUUGCCACUUUAAAGAGCGUUGUACCAAUUGGUCGAUUUCUUAAAGCGGAUGCCGGUCUAGGAUAUGCGAUAAGCCUUGAAUAUAAAGGCAAGUUUGCUUUAAUUGUUCGAGGGGAAGCAUCGUUUCUAGGUUGCAGGGCUCGUGUAGACAUGUACAUUUCGCAAACGGGUUUGCAAUUCUUCUUGGAAGUAAAGAUAUGGUCUGCAUUUAAGGCACAGUUGGACGUUUCGUUCAAUACAAAUCUUAAUAUUAUGAAUCACGCGAUACCGGUCUUACAAAAUGUAUCCUUAAACAUAAAGGGUCGUUUUAUUGCGGAUGCGGAUGGUGAUGGGGAUUUCUCAGACAGUUACCUGUCGGCGCUUAUUCGGUUUACACAACAUAUCGCAGAUGAGGCAGAAGCUCGUUUGAGUGGACUGCAGGAAAAAUUAUCGGCGGCUCAACAUGAUUUAACUGCUGCACAAAACUGGCUUGCAGACAAAAAAGCAGCUGUCGAUUCAGCAAAUACUGGCUUUGAUAACGCAGUGAAAGCAUUACAAAUUGCUAAAGUAAAACUUGAGGAAGCAAAAACACCUUUUCGAAAUGCAAUUGAUGCAUUGGAAGAUGCGCAACGCAAGGUUGAUCGUCUUUGUAAACUUAAAGAAUGCGACAAAAUAUGUGUUCCAGGUUUGAAGUGUAGUGUGUGCUAUAAGAAAGUGUGGUUUAUAAGAAUACCGUAUCCAUGUUGUUCAUUUACGAGCUGUAUGUUUUCUAUUCCUGACCCGUUAUGUGCAUUAGCAAACGCUGGUUGUCGUAUACUGCGUGGAUUCGCCUAUGCAGCUCUAGAAGUAGCUCAACUAGCAUUGCGUGUACCAAUUCUUGUACUCGAUGCAGCAAAGGCAGCCGUAACUGUUGCACAGGUAGUUAUAGAUAAAUCUCGUGUGGUUUUGGAAAUUGCCAAAGUUGCUCUGGAUAUGGCAAAUAUUGCUUUAGAAGGUGUAAAACUGGUUUUCGAAGCCGCAAAAUUAGCUCUUGAAGCGGUAAAAGCAGUUGUUAAACUCGGAUUUAUGGCACUGAAUUUUGUAUUGAAAUACGGUUUACAAUCCUUGAUAGACGUCAGGAAUUGCCGCUUUGAAAUUGAGCUUUCAACUAGCGAUUUGCCAAUAUUUGAUGUCCAGUGCGAAGUGAAUGCCUUCAAAACUGGUUUCGUACCCGUUGGUAUAAAGAUUAAUUUUAAUGAUCCCAUACAAAGUAUUUGGAAUGCUGCCAAAGCUACGAUUGAGAUGAUACUCAACAAGAUCGGCAACGUUUUUUCUGGCAGAAAAAAACGUGAAAUACGAGAUAAAACACUAGCCGGUCUGUACACGUCGAUGCGAUUUGCACGCAACACCGAUGUAGAUGAUUCGCAUUUUGAAAUGUUUGCAAAUAAGACGUUAAAUGACACUUUUAAUACGUACGCGGGCUUAAAUAUAAGCCAUUCGGAUGAAUACACGUUUCGGAAACAAUUGUUUAUUGAAAAAUGCUUGUUAUUCACACGUAUUCGUGUGUUUUUCUACGAUGCGACAAGCACAUUGUCGGACUUGGUGCACGACACUGCAUCUACGAUGAAGAAUAUGACCUCUAUUAAAGGGUCCAUGCAGGCAAUUAAUACUCACGAUAUGUCGAGCAAGUUAUCCUAUGAAACUAUUGGCGUGGAUCCAAUAGUUGCUUAUAAUGAAUUCAACAUGAGUAUUUCUGAAUUGGAGAAUACAAUUGACGGUGCAAGUGAAAAUAUUUCAACAGAUCCGCUUUUGAUCAACCUAGCCUUGUUUGCUGAGGAUGCUAGUUCGUUUUUGGACACUGAAGCUGACGAUGCAAACAAAAUAAUGAUCGUUAACCAAUGGAUUGCUGCCAUGAAUAAUGUCACAGCGGAGUAUUUUAAUAACGAUACGUGUGUUUCAUUUUUGGAUUGCGCUCACUACGCAAUCGCCGCCUUGUAUGAACAGUUUGUUGUUGUCAAUGUAACAAACCAGACAGAGACCCUUGAAAGUGUAUCGCAAUUUGAAAAUAUGUUUCUACUUUUAGUAGGAAACGGUUCCCAUACCAUCGAGGACGUUGAUUCGAUGGCGAUGUCUUUAUUAGUGACUUUACAGCAAAUGAAAGAACACUACGUCUUUUGUUCAAAAGCUCCGGAAAUGCUUGCACCUCUUCAAAACAUUACUGUGAAGACUGGCUCCAAUGUUUCACUCGUCUGCAACGCAACGGGUGACCCUAGGCCAAACUUUUGGUGGUACAAACAUGGGCAACUGAUUCCCGGUGAAAACAAUAUGUUUUUACAUAUUGCUAACGCGGGUCAAAACGAUUCCUCUGCGUACCACUGCAAGGCUGGUAAUUUGGUUGCAAAUUACUCGUUUGAGGAAGCAUAUGUGAGCGUACUGGAUAAUUUUGGAGUGGUUAAUAAUGAAGAAGCCACCGACGAUGAACAAGGUGUAGACCUUAUACCAAUAUUGGUACCGAUCUGUCUGGUGCUGCCUUUGGCAAUCGCUGUCGUGGGUGUUUUGGUUUGGAGAUAUCGUACCAGAAUGAUGGCCAGAACGAAAGAACCAGUCAUAGGCUUUGAAAACAACACAUAUGGUACAACCGAGAGUUUUCCCACCGCAAUACCACUCCAGGACAGGUCAGGAAGGAGAACACGCCGUUAAAAUAACUAAGAAUUGACGAAUCAUGGGAAGUUGGUUUAAAAGAAACAUUUACAUUAUUUUCAAAGUCCGUAUUUUGUAUCAUAUUGAAGUGUGUACGGCGUGUUUUAAUUCGGAGGUUAACUAAACAUUUAAACGUUUCAAAACUGGAACAUCCGUAUCAUCUUUAGCAUUAUUUUAUUUGCAUUAACAAGAGUUCGUAUCCAUCAACUGUUCCUAAGAAUAAACAAUAGUCUUACAAUUGCAACGUUGAAAUAUUAUGUCCAGUUUAAAACUCGGCAUCUCUUAUUUCUAGCCCAUUAUAAUUUAGAACAAUUUUCAACGGCCACAUGCAUCAUUUAUAACCUGAUUAUAUUUUAAAUAUAUUCAAAUAUUCAAGUAUUUUGGACGUUAUUCUAAAGUCCGAGUCCAUAUUUGAAAAUAGCGGAUUCGCGUCAUUUGUAAGAUUAAUAUAUAGUUAUACAUUUAAUUCAUAUAAUCACCAUAAUUACCGAAAUAUUUACACAAUAAUAACAUCAAUUAAUGUAUACAAAUAAUUUUACGUGUGGUGGAAGACUACCACAUAUGAAAGUCAAUUUCUGUAUCUGAUUGUUAAGAUAGCAUGCAUUUUUAUAUCGUGUUGUCUUUUGCAUUUUGUUAAAAUAUUAUGAAUAGGUAUGUGUGUUUCUUCUUAUACUCUCACACAUGUUUUCGUAUUUUUGUCAAUCUAACCAACUGCUUAAAACGUAUUGUAAAUUUUUCGCAAGUGUGCGUUCCGCGUCUUUUUUUCUUUAAAUGUUUUUUUAUAUAAUAAUAUGCAUGAACAAAAAAUAUGGAAACACAUGCGGCGGGCAGCGUACUCUGGGUUGAGCUCGGACCUGCGGUUGGAAUCCAGGAAAACUAAAUAUUUCAAAAUGUUUUAAUCGAAUCAUUAUGAAACUUUAAGUAUGUGGGCAUUAUAUAUCGGUGCAGUUUCAUAACCAGCAAGAUCACAUGAAGCACUUCAGAAUGUGUGGGCUUGAAUUAACAAAGCUGGUCAAAUAAAGUUUGUCAGCUCUCUCAAAUAGUUUUCAUUGCAUCACCUCAAAACGUGAUGACAAUGUAAAUAUUCAUAAUGUCUCAACCACGUUUAAUAACCAGCAAGAUUGUCUUAGACAGUUCUGAGUUAUGGGCCUUGAACUAUCCCAAAUAGUAUACGUCCGUUCAAUAUCUUAAGUUUGCAUAAUUCAAUCUUGAUGAAACCUUGGUUUAGUAAGCUUGAGUGAAGACAUAGCUUGAACUUUAAAGGUAAUAGUCACACAUUCUGAAACAAAGAAAAGAGUUUCUGCUUAAAGAUUUCAAUUUGAUUCAAAGUAUUGAAUUCCAAUUGUUUGUAUAGGUAAGUUACAGUGAGAUCUAGCAUGGGACGAUAUUUGGCCGUUCAAGACGAGUUCAAUGGUGACUGUUGCUUUAAUUAGAUAAACAGUUUCCGUUCAAUUACUUAAGCUUUGAACACGGUGUAACAUGGGCACUGCGUGUGUAGGAAGCUUACCUGCUGACCUAGCUUGCAAUUUGAUUAUGGUCAAGGUCUCUAUAACCCAAAUAAAAAAAAACAGUUUCAGUUCAAUUACUUGCAUUUGGAUGUAUAUCACUGAUACUUUAUGCGUAUGUUGCUUACAUAAAAGCCUAGCUUGGGGUUGCUUAUGGGCCAGUCGGAUAAUACACAUUCAAUAUCGUAGUUGCUUAAAAUAGAAAAACGCUUUCUGAUUAGUUUCUUGAUCUUGGAUGGAGGUAUUGAGUGUCAGUUUGUGAUAAGGUGACUAACCUAAAUACUUAACACAAUACUCUAUAUUACGUUAAAGAUCUGGUUUCAUGCACUUUCCAUGUCCCUAGUUUUUUUCCAUUACGUUGUGUGCUAUCAUUUUAACAACAAAUUAAUUUAUCCUUCAAUGAUGAACAUAACCCACACCUUUAACGCGCAUAUUUUGUGAUAAUUUGGCAAUCUUGCUUAAUAAUUUGUUUCAAACCUUAAUUUAUGGCUGUGUAAUUUUGUAAGAUAUAAUAUUCAAACGUUUGAUUGACUUCUGCUAUCAUAAUGUUGUUAUGCUCCUUCUCAAUAUAUUAUGCACAGUACUACCAGUUUUGUACAUAGCGCAUUCCUUAGUUAGUUUUGUGUUUUUGUGUGCAAAAUUGUAUUUAUACCAUAUAGUAAUACAUACACGCAUGUUAUAUACAUAGUAGACCAUGAACAUGUACUUGAAGGUUGUAUAUUUCACAAGUUGUACUCUUUCAGCCAUAAAUAAUGCAUAUAGUUUUGUUUCAAAAGAGAUUACAUGUAUAAACUAAUUAAAAUAGAUUCCACAUGUAUGCAUGUAUAACUUUUUUCUAUAAUAAUAUGCACAUACGAAAGAUACUUUAAUUGCUGCAUUGCAUUAUGUAUAUUACAAAUAUUACGCAGAUUAAACAAAUACAGAUGUGGUAAUAACUAUUUAUAUUAGGUGUUAGAAAGCAUAAUGUACUAGUAAGGGCUGUCUGUAAAUGUGACCGGUUGUUUCCAUUCUACUCAUGUUUUUAUUGUAGUUGUGUAUAUUUAAAAUGUUUGCUUCAUGUUGUUUACGUUAGCGUAUCAUUAAGUGUAUUGAAUUUAAAUUUAAC